AUGUCAAGUAAAGUAAAUGAAAAAAGUCUUAAAAUUUAUACAUCUCAACCAUGGGAAUUGGGAAAGACAUGUUUUCUAUUAUUAACAUGGAUUGUUCUGGGUAUUCAUUUGGAAAUCAUUGGUCCAACACUAAAUGUAUUAGCUCGACAAACAAAUGCUACAUAUAGUGGAAUAAGUACUAUAUUAAUAACACGUGGUGCUGGUUAUGUCGUUGCAAAUAUAGUUGGAGGAAUAACACAAAAUAUUGUUAAAGAACAUCCUGAAGGUUUAUUAUCAGUUGCAUUUUUGAUUGCAGCUAUUGUUGUUCUUUCAACACCAACUAUUUUCAAUUUAAUAAUUCUUGCAAUAGUAUUUUUCUUUCAAGGAAUUUCUCAAGGAAUAACUGAUCUUGGUGGAACAAGUUUAUUGUUAACAAUGUGGGGUGAUAAUGUUGCUGCUCCACUUAAUGUUGUUCAUGUAGGUUAUGGUUUUGGUGCUGUUUUUGCUAAUUUAUUUGUUCGACCAUAUCUUGGUGAAGAUAUUAAAAUAAAUGAAACAUUAAAUAAUUCAACGAUAUUACCUGAAAAAGAUAAAUCAAAUAUUCUAAUACCAUAUUCGAUAACAUCAUCACUUUGUUUAUUAAUAUCAAUAGGUCAUUUCAUAUUUUCAAUACGUGAACAUAGAAUUCGACGUGAAGCUCUUCGAAAUCGUCCAAUAAAUUAUGUAUCAGUGUCAACAUCAGCUAUUAAUGAAAUAAAAGAAGUUGAAAUUAAAAAUGUUUCUCAAUAUUCUCCACAAUCAUGUGGAAAGGGUUAUUUCACAUAUGGUUUAUUAAUGUCAAUAACUUGGAUAUUUUAUAUGUUUUUUGUUAGUGGAAAUGAUUUAACAUUUGGAAAAUUUUUUUUUGCAUACCUUAAAUCAUCACAAUUUUCUAUUACAACAUCAGGUGCUGUUUGGGGAAUGAUUAUUUAUUGGUCUUCUUAUUCGGUUGGUCGUUUAAUAUGUGCAAUAACAUCGGUAUUUAUUCCAGUUCAUAUAGCUAUAGGUAUAUUAUGGAUUUUUGGAUUGGUAUUGGCAAUAACAUGGUUUAUAUAUGUAUGGAUUAUUGGUUUAACAAUUACAAGUCUUUUUGUUCUUGGGGCAUUUACUGGUUUUAUUUUUUCUCCAAUAUUUCCAUUGUCAUUUGCAUUUAUCAAUCAACGAUUAAAUGUAAAUCCAUUUCUUGUAGGUUUUCUUUUAUGUGGUUCAGCAUUUGGUGGUAUGGCAUUUCAAAAAAUUGCUGGUAUUGUUUUGGACAUCAAAGCAAAUCAUUUUCCAUCAUUAUUAAUGACCUGUGUUGUAUUAGCAAUUAUAUUUUUUGCUAUGGCAUUUAUAAUUAGUUCAAUUCAUCAAAGAAAAUUAAACUCAAAUAAAAAUUCUCUUCCAAUAUCUGAUAACAAAGAUAUUUCAAACAAAAGCGAAGAAGAACGACAAAUGGAAGCAUAUUUAACAAAAGAUGAACAAGAUAAAAAUUAA